UUUUUUUUUUUUUUUUUUGCAGCCCUUGACCGGCUGUGGUGACGUUUCCGUAUGAGUGAAAAAUUCUCAAGAGAGAGAUGUUAAACAUUGAACUGUAAGAGUUCUCUAGCGUGCCAUACCUACUGUGAUACGGGACAUCCGUUUUCAAGACCAUAUCCGAGGACCCGUGGCAUUCAUGUUGAUUGAUUGUAUGUUGUUUAACUUUUUCACUCAUAUGGAGAUGUCACUGUGACAUUCACACCUGAUGCCGAGCGUUUGGCGAUGGAACUGUCACUACCUGUUUUAACUACUUAGGUCUGUCGUGGCCGGGAUUCGAACCCCGACCAUCCGUAUGCUGGGCGAACGCUCUACCACUAGACCACCACGGCGGUAAAAACUAUAUAUAUGUAGAGAGGAUACAAUUCCGAAUAAAUACCAUGCUAGUUCAUGUAUAAAAAACUAUAACUGUAUACAGAUAACCUAAUAUUGAUUGAUAUUGUCAUCUUCGUAGAUCGUGUAUAUGAAUAUUAAGUGCAGGUGCGCGGUAGUUAUAGGAGAGAACACAUCAGUCCAGAGCACCAUCAGACAACGACAAUGAAGAUGAUAGAUGUAUUGUUGUUCCUUAUCUUUGUACAUCCAAUGCUGACCACUAUAGAUAAUCAUCUGUUUUCACGCAUAGACAUUAUCCCGACCAGUUCUUGUCAGACUGUCGAAAAUAAUUCGUUCUCUUUGAGCUACUGUGUUCAACAAUGUUUGUACCAUAGACACUCUAUACAUGUAGUCAGCCGCAAUACUGUUACAAAGGAGUGUGUUUGCUGUAAUUUGCCGCUUUCAGGACCUGCUAAAAUUGGCAUGGAUUGGAUGUCUUUUAGUACACUCAAGUGUCCCCAAGGAUACACUACUCACCAAUACACAUAUUUCAAGAUUUGUCUGAAGUAUGUUUCUGUGUACGUCAAGUACCCGGAUGCGGUGAACCACUGCAAUGCAGAUGGCGGGGAUCUUAUUCGAAUUGAUUCUCAACAGAAAUUCGAUAUAUUUAAGACCCACUUAGGACCGUUUGUGCACGCGGUGUGGGUUCAAGGGAAGAAGGAAGGAACGGUGUGGAAAUUCCACGACGGAACGCCCAUUCCAAACCCGUAUUACUGCCACCUGUCUCUGUCAAAUUCCCAAUCAGAAAUUUACAUUCGGUACAACAGCGUCGCGAACGCAUGCGUGGAUGCCUCACUUUCACAUAUGUAUCAUUACAUGUGUGAAAUAGUUUAGCAUGGUGUGAUUAUGCU